AUGUCCGCGCAGCUCGUGAAUGGGCUGUGGGGCCGCCCAACGGUGGGUUCGGCGUGCCAGAGGGGCGGGCAGGCGCAGGGGCGCUUCGUGGGGAACGAUACGGCCAGCAAGGCGGCGAUGAAGUCGCGGACGUGCCUGGUGGAGGUGAUACCUGCAGAGUCAGAGCCCACUGAAGUGACGUUCAAGAAGUUCUCUUCAGCAGUUCGACGGACAGGAAUGUAUUUCGAGGUGAGGAGGCGCCAGCGUUUUGAAUGCAAGCAGGACAGGAUCAAGCGGAAAAGGAAGGAGAAACCGCUGAAAAAGAGGAUAAAGUACAUACCAACGUUUGCAAAGGCCUCUGGGAAUCUAGGCUCGAGUGUGCCUCCUUUUGCAGACCUUUUUGACAACCCAGAAGAUGACAUUUUUGCGGAGGCCCCAAGGUUCGGAUCCCGCAAUGGCAAGGGCCGCCAACAAAGAAACGACAGGAGACAAUACCAGCCCCCUGCUGACAGUAGCCAGGAAGACCCUGAUCAGGGCCUUGAGAAGGCACAGUUGGCAGGAGUGACGGAAAGUGAGGGCUCUGAGUGA